UUGAAGUCCCCGCCAGACCCGUCACCCGCCCCUCGGUCAUCUUUCGUCACUUCCUGCACAUUCCGCGCCGCAUCGACAUUGUUUCUUCGACAGUUGAGAGAUUUUAAGACGUUUUUUUAUAAGUGAAGACAUCGUUUGGGGGACAUUAUGUCGUGUUGGGAGUGAAGAAGGAAUUCUCAGCGAUUGUUCAGCCCACAUUUGGCUUGCACAGUACCAACACCGUCCCAUUGCCGACUGGAGUACGUCCAACCAGGAUGCAGACAUGCAGUGUGGGCCAGACAUGUUGGAGGAGCUGUUUCCUAACCUAAAUCAUGUCUUACAAGGAAAGGAAGACAUGGAUGACCAAGCAGAACACUAGACCACUGUAGAUGGACAACACAGACACCUGCAGGACAAAGAAGAUGGACGCCAACAAAGUAUGGCAGUGGCGCAUUAUGCAUGUUAAGAAAUAUUCAAGACGUCCAGAUCCAUUCUAUUUCAGCAAUAGAAUAGGAUUGGACUUUAAUGUAGCAUCCAGCGCACAGAAAAAACUGGACUUACAGUUAGUGACCAAUGGUGUCAUACUUGAGAUUUGUAACUUUGCUAAAAUCGUGAACAAGAGUAAAAGGCGUUUUUUGACAAACAUUUUGGAGAACAAUUUUGAUCUAGGCUUUGAAAAUGAGCAACAGCGGAUUGAUUUUUCUGCUCGUAUUCACUACAAAGUCAAAGAGCUGAUCAGGAAACCUCCUAAAGAUAAAAAUGAAGUUUUCACUCUGUUUGACACAUCAUCUAAGGCAGAACGCAACAGCAGCUAUGGACUGACCACUGCAUCUUCAGAGCACCUGGUGGAGAUGGAUGAAACUGAUCACAGUGAACAUGAAGAUGAAUUCAAGUUUUCACAAGUAACAUCCAAGGAAUACUUGCAGACAGAAGGCCUCUCAGUAGAGAUGGACAAAGCACCUGGUGAUGACAGUGAACAUGAGGAUGAAUUCAGGUGUUCACAAGUAACACCCAAAGAACACUUAAAGACAGAACACCUCUCAGCAGAGAUGGACAAAGCACCUGGUGAUGACAGUGAACAUGAGGAUGAAUUCAGGUAUUCACAAGUAACACCCAAAGAACACUUACAGACAGAAGGCCUCUCAGUAGAGAUGGACAAAGCACCUGGUGAUGACAGUGAACAUGAGUAUGAAUUUAAGUAUUCAAAAGCACAGUCAGCAGAAGAAUUACAGGAGGAUUGUCUUCCCCCUUUGUUUCCUUACUGUGAAGGAAUUGGUCUGAACCUUGACGUUGGGUCGAAACAAAGUCUAGAUCCAGAUUUGCUGACAAAUGGAGUAAUGUUAGAAUUAGUACACUUUACCAGGAUACUGACUGCAUCCUACAGCCAUAUUGUUCUUGAUGUGUUGGAGCACAAUUUUGAACUUGAUCUCAAAAGUCAACAAGGGAAAAGUCGACUGUGGUUCAAGAUAUCUCACCUGCUGAGAAGAAGAAAUCGACUCCUCGCCACUGGUACCAAAAUCAGCCUAAAUUUUAAAGAUGAGCAGUUUUCCUUCCAGACAAACCCCUUAAAAAGAACUAAGUUUUCAACACUGUCCAAUGUGGAAGCCACACAGUAUCACCUCAAGGAUGUGAUGAAAAGAAGACAGUCUGAUUUAAAAAGUAACCAGAAAAAGAGGGCACUGACAAGAUCAAGUGAAAGGGAAAACAAAAGAAACAGAAAAGAACAUUGCUAA